CUGCACUCUUUGUUCUCCAUGCCGCAAACCCAACCUCCUUUCCCGCCCUGAAGCACAACCAAAACCCUCUUAACACCCCCCUAAUAGUCCCAAGAUUUGUUCCGUUCUUGGCUCCUCACUAUGAUCCAACCCGGGAAGCCGAGAGAGCGAGAAGCCCCAAAUCCAAUUUCAUAAGCUCAUAUCUGGUUCGAGCUCUUGGGUUAGGGGAUUUGUGGUGCCUUUGCUUGUUUGACCUGCCCUUGGAGUGUGAGCUAGCUCACUGGGAGCAGCAGAUCCGUGGAAAUAAACCCCUACAACCCCCCCCCCCCCCCCAAAUCUUGCAAAUAUCGUCGUUUUCGAGCUGGUUGAGGCUAGUCUCCCAUAAAGUUUUGGUUUUUUGGGUGAUUUUUGCUCUCGUUUCCCCCGAUUUGAGUGAGGUUUUUGGAGAUUUCUUGGGGGUUCUUGGUGGAUGGGAUUGGUGGCGGCGUGCCAGUAGCACAAGUGGAUCUGCGGUCUCCGGCGAUGUCUUCAGCUGACUCACUCGCCGCCGGCCGGAGCCGCCGCGCGGUGCCGCCCCUGCCCCGCCCCAAGCGUGUCCGCGUGUUCUUCGUCGACGCCGACGCCACGGACAUCGACUCAUCCAGCGAUGAGGACGAGCGCACCAAGCGGCGCGUGCGGGAGGUCAUCGACAUCGACGUCACGGCCUCGUCUCCGGCUUCGGCGAGGCCAUCCCUGAAGAAGAGGUUUGUGCCGGCGCCGGCGGUGCUUGCGCUGCGUCGCGUGUCCAAGGCCGGGGCCGGUUUCCGGAAGCGGUUCCGCGGCGUGCGGCUCCGGCCGUGGGGCAAGUACGCGGCGGAGAUCCGCGACCCGCGCCAGCGCAAGCGGCUGUGGCUCGGCACCUUUGACACCGCCGAGGAGGCCGCCGCCGUGUAUGACAACGCCGCGCUCCGCCUCAAGGGCUCACACGCCGUCGUCAACUUUCCCUCCACCCCAACCUCAUCUGCUGAGAUUCCUCCGUCGUCGCCGAGUAUGAAGCUCCGUCCUUGCCGGGAAACCGCCCGGGACACGAAGACCACCACCACCUCCGCAACCGACGCUCCUCCCUCGCACCAGGAGCUGACACCACCGCAGCCGCAGCCGGACGACGUCGCCCCGUUCUGCCCGUUCGCGUCCCCUACCUCCGUGCUUCGGUACGCCGACGAGGUGUCCCCGCCGGCGCUGCCGGCGUUCGACUUCCUCUAUGGCGGGCUCGGCGAGCUGGGCGACCUCGGUUCGGCGGCGGCGCCGUCGAAGGCGGCGGAGUUCGACUGGCUGCCGUGGUGGGAGGGCGAGGACUUCGUGACGACGGGCAGCAGCGCCGUCAGCGUGAAAUGACGGCCCUGCCCCACGCUACUCCCACAACCCUAUCGUGGCACCGUUUCCGCGCCCUGGGCUAGAAGUGGCGGGAGACGAAUGGGUGGCCGUGCAGCGGUAUUAAAUUAAAUAUUGUUUUAUUUAUUAUUU